AUGAACGCCAGCGGCCCGGGCUACCCGCUCGCCUCGCUCUACGUGGGCGACCUGCACCCCGACGUGACCGAGGCCAUGCUCUACGAGAAGUUCUCGCCCGCCGGGCCCAUCCUGUCUGUCCGCGUGUGCCGCGACGUGGCCACCCGGCGCUCGCUGGGCUACGCCUACAUCAACUUCCAGCAGCCCGCCGACGCGGAGCGGGCACUGGACACAAUGAACUUUGAGAUGAUCAAAGGCCAGCCCAUCCGCAUCAUGUGGUCCCAGCGAGACCCAGGACUUCGCAAGUCAGGUGUGGGCAACAUCUUCAUCAAGAACCUGGAGGACUCCAUUGACAAUAAAGCUUUAUAUGACACCUUCUCUGCCUUUGGGAACAUCCUCUCUUGCAAGGUGGUGUGUAACGAGCAUGGCUCCCGGGGUUUUGGCUUUGUCCAUUUUGAGACCCAUGAGGCCGCACAGCAGGCCAUCAGCACGAUGAACGGGAUGCUGCUGAACGACCGCAAAGUUUUUGUUGGCCACUUCAAGUCUCGACGGGAGCGGGAGGUGGAGCUGGGGGCUCAGGCUAUGGAGUUCACCAACAUCUAUGUGAAGAACCUCCAAGUGGACAUGGAUGAGCAAGGCCUGCAGGACCUCUUCUCCCAGUUUGGAAAGAUGCUGAGUGUGAAGGUGAUGAGGGACAGCAGCGGCCACUCCCGGGGCUUCGGCUUUGUCAACUUUGAGAAGCAUGAGGAAGCCCAGAAGGCUGUGGUCCACAUGAACGGGAAGGAGGUGAGCGGGCGGCUGCUCUACGUGGGCCGGGCCCAGAAACGGGUAGAACGGCAGAAUGAACUGAGGCGCAGGUUCGAGCAGAUGAAGCAGGACCGGCUGAACCGUUACCAGGGCGUGAACCUGUAUGUGAAGAACCUGGAUGACUCCAUCAAUGAUGAGAAACUGAGGAAAGAGUUCUCCCCAUAUGGAGUGAUUACCAGUGCGAAGGUGAUGACAGAGGGUGGCCACAGCAAGGGGUUUGGCUUUGUGUGUUUUUCCUCUCCAGAAGAGGCGACAAAGGCUGUGACUGAGAUGAAUGGUUGCAUCGUGGGCACCAAGCCGCUGUAUGUGGCGCUGGCCCAGCGCAAAGAGGAGCGGAAGGCCAUCCUGACCAACCAGUACAUGCAACGCCUCUCCACUAUGCGGGCCCUGGGCGGCCCCCUCUUGGGCUCCUUCCAGCAGCCUGCCAGCUACUUCCUGCCUGCCGUGCCGCAGCCUCGAGCCCAGGCCACGUACUAUGGUUCUGGCCACGUGACACCCAUCCAGCCUGCCCCCAGGUGGACGGCCCAGCCACCUAGACCUUCAUGUGCACACCCUCCAGGUACCUCAAUGGUCCGGCCACCGGGCAUACCUCGGCGCCCCCCAGCCCAUGUCAGCAGUGUCAGGCAGGCCUCCAGCCAGGUGCCACACCCAGUGCCUCAUACCCAAAGAGUGGCCAACAUUGGUACCCAGACUACAGGACCCAGUGGGGCGGGAUGCUUCACACCAGGCCGGCCUCUCCUGCCAUACAAAUGUUCUUCAGCAAUACACAAUACCCAUCAGGUGCAGGAGCCUGCUGUGCAUGUCCCUGGACAGGAGCCCCUGACCGCAUCCAUGCUGGCUGCAGCGCCCCUGCAUGAACAAAAGCAGAUGAUUGGGGAGCGUCUCUACCCCCUUAUCCACGAUGUCCACACCGAGCUGGCGGGCAAGAUCACCGGCAUGCUGCUGGAGAUUGACAACUCAGAGCUGUUGCUCAUGCUGGAGUCUCCAGAGUCCCUUCAUGCCAAGAUAGAAGAGGCGGUGGCAGUGUUGCAGGCACACUAG